GACGCCGCACACAUUCCGAAUCUGACCGAGCAAGAGCUGUAGCAAGUAAAAACGCCAAUAUGCGAACUCCAGGUAUGCUGAUAUUUGGAAUGGUUCUCUCUCCUUGCGGGUGGGUCUUGGACUUAACCAGCACCGUGGCCCCGAACUGGAGGGAAAUCAGAAAUAUUCCGGGGGAGUCGCAGGAUACUAUCUUGCAGCAGGGAAUCUGGGAUAUAUGCAAGGCUUUCGAGACCUCCCAGCAAAUACAAUGUAAUCAGCCAGACCAGGCUUACUUCGCCGAGCAAAUCAUUACCGUGGCACAGGGACUGAUGGUUGCAUCUUUGUUGGUCACAUUACUUGGUUUGGCAGUUGCAACCCCUGGAGUUAGGUGUUGGAAAGACCGACCAAACUUUACAGUCGCCGGCCUGGGAGGAAUUUUGAUCUUCCUUUCAGGCGUCAUGACUAUAAUUCCAAUCGCAUGGUACACUCACAUAAUGACCAGCAUCCCAGCAUCGAGUAGUGACAUUCGCGUGGGCUAUUGCAUCGUACUUGGUUACAUCGGGGGAAUCAUGGAAGUCCUCGGCGGAGCAGCUAUGGUCAUUGUGAUGUGCUCUUGUUGCGGCGGGAAGAACCGCGGAGAGAAACCAGCAAAAGCCACUGCCAAGUUCACGCACACGAAAACCCCAAUGCCGAGAAAAAUCGAGGUGCCGAGUAUCACCCGGAGCAGGAGCAGUGCGAGCAGCGUCCCUUACUCCAAAGAUUCCCUGGACGACAUCGACUUCCCCCGGGCCAAGACCCCGGGAAACCGGUCCACCAACACAUCCUACACCGGCAGACCUUACGACGCAGAUCUAUGAAAUGAAUUUACAAGCGAGUGACUUUGAUCAUUUCCCUCAAAUAUCUGGGCUAAGGAAAUUGGCUUCAGUAAUAAGUAACUUUACAUAAUUUCUCCCCUUUUCUACUAACCAUCUUUAAUACGGGUAUGUUCUUUUAAAUCUCAAAAUGUGCGAACAUAGCCUAUACUGUAUAUGUGUAUAAACUAUGUAAAUAUACUAAUAGGGGAUUUGUGCAGUAGGUGGUCUUUCCCUACACUUUAAAGGAAGUAAAUGCUGUUAUGCUGAAAAGUAUAUUUCCGUGCGCACUUUAAUGUACUUUAGCUAAAUUUAAAAGGACGUUUUAUUAUUGUUUGUAAUUGGUGUAUGAAGUGGUAUUUAAACCAAAUGCUGUGAGUCACUUAUGCAUCUGUUAUUUUGAAAAGCAAGGGUUGUGUAUUUGCAUAAAUUGCAAGCAAAUCGGUAACGGUAGUUGUGAGCUUGCUGUCAGAAAAGUCAGCCUUGUCACAGAAUUAUGCGGUAACUUGCACGUUUUAAUUGGUGUUCUUAAAUUGGCACUGCUUUAGGUUAUUUACACCACUUUAAUUUAAUUGUCAUCUGAUGUCCAAGAGCAAAUGUGUUGGUGGUUGGUGUUAGCCUUUAUUAAGGCAUACUGAAGUUAUGAGUUCCGUGAUUUACAGAAUGGCACACAUAGGCAAAGGAAAGCAACUGAUUGUGUGUUAUUUAGAUCACUGUGUUAGGAUCCAAUACGUUUUGGAAUUCUGAAAAGGGAGGUACAUGUAUUCGUUUUACACAGAAUUGAAGUGUACUUUCUUUUAUAAUGCUUCCUCAACAUUGUUUGUCUUUGACUCAUUGCUUGUUUUCAUUCACACCGAAUCAAAUAAACAGUACCUCAUUAAAUGUGUGUCUCCC